AUGGCCGCCAACAGUGACAAUGGCGCAGCCUCAGCUCUAGCGGCCUCUGACGGUGCUGUCAGCAAAUGCACAAGAUCUGAGAAGGAGUUGGUAGCACAGGUUCCUGUGGUAGAUGUGCACAGUGACAACUUCAAGGAAAUAUGGCCAUCCCUCCUGCUGGCCAUAAAGACAGCUAGCUUUGUGGCUGUAGACACGGAAUUGAGUGGCCUUGGGGACAGGAAGAGUUUGCUGAACCAGUGCAUCGAGGAACGUUACAAGGCUGUGUGUCAAGCUGCCAGGACCCGCUCUAUCCUUUCCCUGGGCCUCGCCUGCUUCAAGCAGCAGCCAGACAAGGGUGAAUACACGUACCUGGCUCAGGUGUUCAACCUGACCCUACUGUGCAUGGAAGAGUAUAUCAUAGAACCAAAGUCUGUGCAGUUCCUGGUACAGCAUGGCUUCAACUUCAACCGGCAGUAUGCCCAGGGCAUCCCCUAUCACAGGGGCAAUGAUAAGGGUAACGAGAGCCAGAGCCAGUCUGUGCGGACACUGUUCCUGGAGCUAAUCCGGGCCCGCCGGCCCCUGGUGCUACACAACGGCCUCAUAGACUUGGUGUUUCUAUACCAGAACUUCUACGCACAUUUGCCUGAGAGCCUGGGAACCUUCACUGCUGACCUGUGUGAAAUGUUCCCAGCUGGCAUUUAUGACACCAAAUAUGCUGUUGAGUUUCAUGCCCGCUUUGUGGCCUCCUACUUAGAAUAUGCCUUCAGAAAAUGUGAGCGAGAAAAUGGGAAGCAGCGGGCAGCUGGCAGCCCACAUCUUACUCUGGAGUUCUGUAGCUACCCUUCCAGCAUGAGGGCCCAUAUUGACUACCGCUGCUGCACGUCUACUGGAACCCAACAUCCCCAUCCCACCAGCAUCUGUGACAACUUCUCGGCCUAUGGCUGGUGCCCCCUGGGUCCACAGUGUCCUCGAUCCCAUAAUAUUGACCUCAUCAUCGACACUGAUGAGGCUGUGGUGGAAGAUAAGCGGCGACGGCGGCGGCGGCGGGAAAAACGGCGGAGGGCUUUAUUGGGCCUUUCUGGGACACAGACCUCUGGGGAAGCUGAAGAUGGUCCUCCCACAAAGCAAGUCUGUGGGGAUGGCCUCAAGGCUGAGGAAAUUGAGCAGAAGGUAGCUGAGAAUGAGAUUACAAACCAGCCUGGCUGUGAGCAAGAUCACAAAAGUGACUUAGAGAUGGGGCCUAAGGCAACAAGGUCUGGAAGCACUGACAUGGCAGCCCCAGAAGUGCCAGGCAGUCAAACCAGUAGUAACCCAGUGCCUGGGGAUGGGCUGCACCGGGCUGGUUUUGAUGCCUUUAUGACAGGCUAUGUGAUAGCCUACGUGAGAGUGAGCCAAGAACCUGAACUCUGCAGCUCCGGACCGUGGCUACCUGAAUGCCACAACAAGGUAUACCUAAGUGGCAAAGCUGUACCCCUUACAGUCGCCAAGAGCCAGUUCUCCCGUUCCUCCAAAGCCCACAGCCAGAAGAUGAAGCUGGCCUGGGGCAGCAGCUGA